UUUAACAUUCCAGAAAAUUGGAAACCAGAAUUAAUGAAAAGUGCGGGAAGAAUGAUGAGAGAUUUUAAGACCAACAUCACUAGUGACUACAUCUACCCUUUGGCAGAAGACGGUCUGAUAGAUGAACUCCAAAUCCUUCCUAAGAAAUAUCCAGAACUUGACCUAGAAGAUUGGAGGACAUUUGUUAGCCACCGUUUAUCUCCUGAGUUUAUGGCUUUGCGGGAAGCACAACGUGAAAGAUCUCUCAAAUAUACUUCGAGGCAUCGUACAUCUCGUAGAGGGCUUGCCAAUGUUAGAGAGGACCUGAAAACUGAACUAGGUGUGGCAGAUGUAGAACGGUACCAAGUAUGGAUAAGAGCACGAGAAAAGAGGAAGGUUCUUGUUACAGAUUUGGACAAACAAAUUGAAGCAAGAAUUAAUGAGCUGAAAGAAAAAGUUAGUAGUGGAGAAAUCAUUGCAAAGGGUCGGAAUGACAUAUUAACGCAAGCUUUAGGGACACCUGAGCACCCAGGGCGUGCUCAAAGAAGAACUUAA